AUGCCACCUCAGACGCCUGAAGGCAAACGCCCUUCAGAAAAGCCCCUCCUGGCUGCCACUGCACCCAGUUUGUCCUCGCUGGGUGCUGCCUUCAUUCUCCUCAAGUCUGCCCUGGGCGCUGGCCUGCUCAGCUUCCCCUGGGCCUUCCACAGGGCGGGAGGUGUGCUCCCUGCCCUGCUGGUGGAGCUGGUGUCCUUGGUCUUCCUGAUCACUGGCUUGGUCAUCCUGGGCUAUGCGGCUGCCAGCAGCGGUCAGACCACGUACCAGGGCGUGGUGCGGGGCCUGUGCGGGCCCACCAUGGGAAAGCUGUGUGAGGCCUGCUUCAUCGCCAACCUGCUCAUGAUCUCCGUGGCCUUUCUCCGGGUGAUCGGGGACCAGCUGGGAAAGCUGUGCGACUCACUCCUGCCUGGCACCCUGCUGGCCACUCAGCCCUGGUACGUCGACCAGCGCUUCACACUGCCCCUGCUCUCCGCAUUGGUCAUCCUGCCACUGUCCUCCCCACGGGAGAUCGCCUUCCAGAAGUAUACCAGCAUCCUGGGCACCCUGGCCGCUUGCUACCUGGCCCUGGUCAUCACGGUGCAGUACUACCUCCAGCCCCAGGGCCUUGUCCACGAGCCCCGUGCUCCACUGAGCCCUUCCUCCUGGACCUCCGUGUUCAGCGUCUUCCCUACCAUCUGCUUCGGCUUUCAGUGUCAUGAGGCGGCCAUUUCUGUGUACUGCAGCAUGCGUGAGCAGAGCCUGUCACGCUGGGCCUUGGUCUCUGUGCUGUCCUUGCUGGCCUGCUGCCUCAUCUACUCACUGACAGGUGCUUACGGCUUCCUGACCUUCGGGACACAAGUUUCUGCCGACAUCUUGAUGUCCUACCCGGGCAACGACAUGGCCAUCGUGGUGGCCCGUGUCCUCUUCGCAGUCUCGGUGGUGACUGUCUACCCCAUUGUGCUCUUCCUGGGCAGGUCGGUGAUGCAGGAUUUCUGGAUGAGGAGCUGCUGGGGGACAUGGGACUUCCGGGUGCUGGCUGACCCCUCCGGGCCGUGGGUCCGCAUCCCACUGACGGUUCUGUGGGUUACCGCGACACUUGCCAUGGCGUUGGCCCUGCCCAAUCUCAGUGAGGUGAUUGGCAUCAUCGGCGGCCUCAGCUCCUUCUUCAUCUUCAUCUUCCCAGGUCUGUGCCUCAUCUGUGCCAUGGACGUGGAGCCCAUCAGACCACGAGCCAAGUGCUUCCUGGUGGUGUGGGGCGUGGUCUCUGUGCUGAUCGGCACCUUCAUCUUCGGGCAGAGCACGCUGGCCGCUGUCCUGGAGCUGUCCUGAGGGUGUGACAUGGGGCCACCCGCGCCUGGCAUGACAGCCGAAUGAUUUAUGUCCAUCAUAAAGAUGCGGAAGCCAUCCAUGCCUCCUGGUUCCCAGCCUCUCAAUGGGGUUCUGCUCACUCUCCGGGUUUCCGACUAUGAGGGUGAGCAGAUGCCACCCCAUGGGUCCAAGUUCAAGGCCUAGUCAGGCCUUGUUCCCUACCCCUCCCCUAGCUUCCACUUGGUUGUUGACCCC